AUGAGAGUUUUGGCACUUGUACUCUCUACUAAACGGCGUCGAAUUGGAGUUGAAAGGGAGUCAAUGAUGCUGGAUCUUAAUUUGAGUGCGGUUUCUGGUGAUUCGUCAACGACAGGGAAGAAUAAGAAGCAGAAGAAGAUUCUGGAACUUUCCAACUCUCCCAUGGAAAGCUCUGCUGGGAGCUUCGAUUCUUCUUCUAUAGUCAAUGCUGAUGGCUGUGGUGAUGAGGACUCUUGCUCCAACGGCGACGUUUUUGCUUACAAUUUCAGUAUCUUGUCAAAUGAAAGCAGCAUCAAGAACAACGUUAAUUGUAAUGAUAAUAAUAAUAAUACUAAUACUAAUGAGAAUGAUGCUGAUGACAGUGGAGAUCGAACGAUCCAGCUUUUUCCAGUCGAGUGUGGGACCAAGAAUGUAGGAGUAGAGUCUCAGUCAUCUUCGACGUGGCAGAUGCAGUUGUUGGAUCUCGGUGGCUCCAGGGAUUAUGGUGCUCCUCCGGAGCAGGGGAUCGUGCCUCAACAAAAGCCAGUGAAGAAGAGUAGGCGUGGGCCCAGGUCGAGAAGCUCGCAGUAUAGAGGAGUCACUUUUUAUCGGAGAACUGGAAGAUGGGAAUCUCAUAUUUGGGAUUGUGGAAAGCAAGUUUACUUGGGGGGAUUUGAUACUGCACAUGCUGCAGCUAGGGCAUAUGAUCGAGCUGCGAUCAAGUUCCGUGGAGUUGAUGCUGAUAUCAACUUUAAUGUUACUGAUUAUGAUGAGGAUAUUAAGCAGAUGAGUAAUUUCACAAAGGAAGAAUUUGUGCACAUCCUACGUCGUCAGAGUACUGGAUUCUCUAGGGGCAGCUCAAAAUAUAGAGGAGUGACGCUGCACAAAUGUGGGAGAUGGGAGGCUCGUAUGGGGCAGUUCCUGGGGAAGAAGUACAUUUAUCUUGGGCUAUUCGAUAGCGAGAUAGAAGCUGCAAGGGCUUAUGACAAGGCUGCCAUUAAAUGCAAUGGAAGGGAAGCAGUUACCAACUUUGAGCCAAGCACGUAUGAAGGGGAGAUACUUUCAGAGCCUAACAGUGGAGACGGCAACCAAAAUCUUGACCUGAAUUUAGGAAUUGCUCCUCCUGAUACAUCUGAUGGCCUAAAGGUAAACAGCAACAUGGGUGGCUCUUAUUUCCAGAGUGGCUGGGAUGGCAUGUCUAUUGAUAGGGUACCAAAGAUUCUGAACUCUGCUUCCCCAACAAUGAAAAAUCAACUACCUAAUGGCCCUGGAAUGACAUCUGUACACACCCCCAUGUGGGAUGGUGUGAAUCAUCGAAUCUUUCCAACUUUUGAGGAAAGAGCUAUAGAUAAGAGAAUGGAAGUAGACUCGUUUCCAAAUUGGACCAGGCAAAUCCAAGGCCCUUAUGGUGGCGGAGCAAAUCCACUGCCUCUCUUCUCUACUGCAGCAUCAUCAGGAUUCGCUUCUUCAGCAAUUAUGGCACCUUCAGCAGCUGCUGGUCAACUUCACUUUCCAAGAUCGUUAGAUCCCGCAUUCAUCUGUCUUGUAAAGCUUAUUGAACUAAAGAGUUCUGGCAUUGAUGGCAUGAGUGUAUCUCAUUGUUUUCCUCAUCAUGAAGGUGCUUACAUAGCCACCGGAGAUUGA